AUGUCUCUCUUUAUCGGCAGACUUGCCAUCGACACUGACCGACGCGAUCUCGAAGAUAUAUUUGACAGAUAUGGUCGCAUGACUCGGUUAGAGUUAAAGAGAGGCUACGCAUUUAUUCAUUAUCAGGACGAACGAGACGCAAAAGAUGCACUGAAAGAAGCUGAUGGCAUACGAAUACAUGGCCAUAGAAUUAUAGUCGAAUGGGCGAAAAAUGGAGGACGAAAACCAGGCGAGAAUGAAUGUUUCAAGUGUCGGAAAGAAGUCUUGGAUGCUUACAAGGACAUUGGGCUAAAGACUGUCACUUGGGUCGCGAUCAUAAACAUAGAAGUCGAAGUCCCAGAAGAAGCAGUACCAUCCGAGACUCGCAUGGUCUAUGCGGAUAACAUGACAAUGACAAUCCGACCAUCAAACUGGCAGGAAGGAAUUCAACGUAUGCCCGGUUUGAAUUUUAAUUCACGAAGAAUACUCUGCUCAAAAACUCCAGGUCGCGCUCGGCAUCACCAAGGGGACGUUCAUCAAGAUAUGACAGAAGGAACGAUCGUGGGCCGUAUCAUGGUCGUCAUUCACACGGUCAUUCGAGAAGGGCUGCGGAUGAAGAGAGAGAUGAGCAUAGAAAUGGAAGUAGACGUAGUGGGCGUUAUUGGACCAGAAUUGUUUUGA